AUGGACGUCCCUGUGGCUGCCAAUGUGCUCGGCACUCUCGGAGCCACACUGACACAUCCAAAGUUAAUCCCUCAAAUCAUUAUAAACUACCGCCGCCACAAUGCCACCGGUCUUCAACCCUCAAUGAUGAUGUUCUGGGCUUGGGCAGGCGUUCCCCUCGGCGUCUACAACAUAACCUCCUCCUUCAACAUCGCCCUGCGCAUCCAACCUCAAAUCCUUUCGUUUCUGUCUCUGCUCACCUGGAUUCAAGUCUACCACUACGAGAAAAAGUGGUCUGUAACCCGCAGUCUAUUAGUUGUUGUGCCUAUUGCUUGUUGCAUGGCAGGCAUUGAACUGGGUUUGAUCUUUGCUCUGAGGCAUGGUAGUGAGAGAGGUAUCGACUGGCCGCAAACGCUCAUGGCUGUUCUUGCAGCAGUCUUUCUUGCUUGUGGUGUGUUAGCUCACUAUUGGGAUAUUUACACCCAUAGAACGGUUAGAGGCAUCUCUUUUACGUUUUGCUUCAUCGACGCGUUGGGAGACUUGACUUCUCUGAUCUCAGUGUUUUUCCAACCCAAGCUUGAUGUUCUAGGGAUCGUCAUCUAUGGAGUGGAGUUGGUGCUCUGGUUGGGUAUCUUUGCUUGUGGAGGGUACUAUAAUCUGACACCUUGGUUGAGGGAGAAGAGAUGGACACGGACAAGGCAUGGUUCUGAGAAUGCCGGAGAUGGCGUUUCCAUUCACGAUAUGCCGUCUUCUACCUCGGCGUUCAGCACUUCUUCUGCCCAGGUUGAUGUUGUUGGUUUGCGCGAUCGACAUACAGCUACAGCAUCGCAAGCAUAA